CCUUAAAGAAUUCAAUAGAUUCUAUACAAGACCCAUGUCACAAGUUAUGUUGGAAAAUUUACAAAUACAAAACUAUGAAAGCGAAUCAAUAAUAAAUGAAUCACCAUCCGAGACUUCACUGUCGCCAUUGGCUGAGAUAAAAAAUCAAAUAUCAGAAAACUGGGUACUGAACGAGGUAGAAGAAAUAAUCAAUUUGCUAAAGAAAGUUUUAAAUGAAGAAAAAGUCACCGAUAUUGUUCUUUGCGAAGAAACAUGUGCACACAAAACUCCUCCGAUGAAGGAGGAGUCAUUAUUUUCAAAGCGCGCGCAGAAUGAUGGGUUAUACCCAAUUCCCAGUCUGAAAGAUUUAUCGCGGCAAUUGCCCACCAACGAGAUCUCACUAGAUCUUUUUUUUGACGACGAGAUUGAUGUCCUAUGCCCACCACACGAAACCCUCUCCCAGGAAAUCUCUCCAGAGUCUGAUGACUUACAAGACGACGAUUUUGAACACAUGAUUCCUUUAGAAGAUUAUAAAUCUAACAUGUCGGAUAUUAUUCCGUUAGUGAUGAACGAAGAAGGGAUGGAAAUAAAUAUAAAAACCCAUAAGGAACAGUUGGUACCUGAAGAAAGUGGAGUUAAAACUCCGUUAGAGAUAUUAAAUGAAUGGGUGAAAGGUACGAACGAAUUACUAACAAAUAUAGAAGAAAUAGAUAGUUUUGAGUCCAAAACGUUCGAAGUUUUUGAUGAACUAACACCAUUUCGAAAAACAUUGCGAUUAG